AUGGAAUCUUUCAUAAGCUCGUAUGUCAGUCCUGUUGAAACACCAAUCAUGUCCAACUUAGAAGAAGUUCAUUAUUUGGUGAGAGAUAGCUUCUACAUUGAUUUUCAAUAUACACAAGUAUUUUUACCCUUGAAACUCAAUGCUACAACAACUACAAGUUGGGAACAACUCUUAAUUCCUUUUGAAAUUUUAUGCAAUUGUAAUGACUUCACAGUUAAGGAGAGAGAUCCUAACAUUGCCUCCAUGUAUGCUCUCUUCUUUAUGGUGCCUAUUGAUGUAUUAGAUGUGAUUUUACCGCAAAUGGGAAAAUGUGCUAGAGAAAUGGUCGAAAACAAAAAUGAGGAACGUGAUAUAUUAGAGAUGGAUGUAUUACUUCAUGUUACAACAAUAGAGAUGGCAAAAGAAGAAGAAGAUAGGAAAAAUCAAACAAAUUAUGAAUUUGUUAGAAUAGUUAAUAAUUGA